CCCCUGCUGGUGUGCCAGACCUCCCGGGGGCCAUCCUCCCAACUGCCCCAGACUCCGACAGCGGGGCCUCCGAUGGCAGUAGGCACCUCCCCGUGAAACCUGCCAAGCUGGACGCCACAGCUCUGCACGACGACACUUUGGCCAACCCUGUGCCCCCUUCGGAGGCGUGCAACCAUGCAGUCCUAGCCUGCAGCCUGGGCAUCCCUGAGGAGCUCUAUGUAAGCGAGGCUGUGGAAGAUGCUCCCAGCUGCAGAGGGUACCGGGAUGCCUGCACCAUCACCGACGUGUGCAACAGCACCGACCUUCCGGAAGUCGAAAUCAUCAGCCUCCUGGAGGAGCAGCUGCCCCAUUACAGGCUAAGAGCCGACACCAUCUACGGUUAUGACCACGACGACUGGCUCCACACCCCCCUCAUUUCUCCAGAUGCCAACAUCGACCUCACCACCGAGCAGAUCGAGGAGACGCUGAAGUACUUCCUUUUAUGUGCUGAAAGAGUUGGCCAGAUGACUAAGACAUAUAAUGACAUCGAUGCUGUAACUCGGCUUCUUGAAGAGAAAGAGCGGGAUUUAGAGUUGGCUGCUCGGAUUGGCCAGUCGUUGUUGAAGAAGAACAAGACACUAACUGAGAGGAACGAGCUGCUGGAGGAGCAGGUUGAGCACAUCAGGGAGGAGGUGUCACAGCUCCGGCAUGAACUGUCCAUGAAGGAUGAGCUGCUGCAGUUCUACACCAGCGCCGCGGAGGAGAGCGAGCCCGAGUCCGUGUGCUCCACCCCGUUGAAGAGGAAUGAGUCGUCCUCCUCCGUCCAGAAUUACUUCCAUCUGGAUUCUCUCCAGAAGAAGCUGAAGGACCUUGAAGAGGAAAACGUUGUACUUCGAUCUGAGGCCUGCCAGCUGAAGACGGAGACCAUCACCUAUGAAGAGAAGGAGCAGCAGCUGGUCAACGACUGCGUGAAGGAGCUGAGGGACGCCAAUGUGCAGAUUGCCAGUAUCUCAGAGGAACUGGCCAAGAAAACUGAAGAUGCUGCCCGCCAGCAAGAGGAGAUCACACACCUGCUCUCGCAAAUAGUUGAUUUGCAGAAGAAGGCAAAAGCUUGCGCUGUGGAAAAUGAAGAACUCGUCCAGCACCUGGGAGCUGCCAAGGAUGCUCAGCGGCAGCUCACAGCCGAGCUGCGCGAGCUGGAGGACAAGUACGCGGAGUGCAUGGAGAUGCUUCACGAGGCGCAGGAGGAGCUCAAGAACCUCCGCAACAAGACCGUGCCCAGCACCGCGUCUCGGCGCUACCACUCCCUGGGCCUGUUUCCCAUGGACUCCUUGGCCGCAGAGAUCGAGGGCACGAUGCGCAAGGAGCUGCAGCUGGAGGAGCCCGAGUCACCAGACAUCGCGCACCAGAAGCGAGUCUUCGAGACGGUGCGGAACAUCAACCAGGUCGUCAAGCAGAGGUCUCUGACCCCGUCACCCAUGAACAUCCCCGGCUCCAACCAGUCCUCAGCCAUGAACUCCCUCCUGUCCAGCUGCGUCAGCACCCCCCGGUCCAGCUUCUACGGCAGCGACGUCGGCAAUGUCGUCCUGGACAACAAGACCAACAGCAUCAUCUUGGAAGCAGAGUCAGCCGACCUGGGAAACGAGGAGCCGCGCAGCAAGAAGCCGGGCACGCCGGGCACCCCGGGCUCCCACGACCUGGAGACGGCGCUGCGGCGGCUGUCCCUCCGCCGGGAGAACUACCUCUCGGAGAGGAGGUUCUUCGAGGAGGAGCAGGAGCGGAAGCUCCGGGAGCUGGCGGAGAAGGGCGAGCUGCUCAGCGGCUCCCUGACGCCCACCGAGAGCAUCAUGUCCCUCGGCACGCACUCCCGCUUCUCCGAGUUCACCGGCUUCUCCGGCAUGUCGUUCAGCAGCCGCUCCUACCUGCCUGAGAAGCUGCAGAUCGUGAAGCCGCUGGAAGGUUCGGCCACCCUUCACCACUGGCAGCAGCUGGCCCAGCCUCACCUGGGGGGCAUCCUGGACCCCCGGCCCGGGGUGGUCACCAAGGGCUUCCGGACGCUUGAUGUUGACCUGGACGAAGUGUACUGCCUUAACGACUUUGAGGAAGAUGACACAGGUGACCACAUUUCCCUCCCGGGCCUAGCUACCUCCACGCCAGUUCAGCACCCAGAGACCUCAGGUGAGAGGUCCCGGGCACGCGUGACUGUCUCAGGCAGCAGAAGUUACCCGAGCCGGCCUCAGGCCUUCCCAGAGGAGAUGCAGGAGCCGCCCACGGCCGAGGAGGAGGAGGAGGAGGAGGAGGAGGGGUCUGCCCACCACCCGGGGAAGUGCAUGUCCCAGACCAACUCCACCUUCACCUUCACCACCUGUCGCAUCCUGCACCCUUCAGAUGAGCUCACGCGGGUCACGCCAAGCCUUAACUCGGCCCCAACUCCUGCUUGUGGCAGCGCCAGCCACUUGAAAUCCACGCCGGUGGCCACACCGUGCACUCCGCGGAGACUGAGCCUGGCUGAGUCCUUCACAAACGUCCGAGAGUCCACGACCACCAUGAGCACGUCCCUGGGGCUGGUGUGGCUGCUGAAGGAGCGGGGCAUUUCCGCGGCUGUGUACAACCCCCAGAGCUGGGACCGGGCGGGCCGGGGCUCCCUGCUGCACUCCUGCACCCCCCGGAUGGCUGUCAUCCCCUCGACCCCGCCCAACUCGCCUAUGCAGACGCCCACAUCCUCCCCGCCAUCCUUCGAGUUCAAGUGCACGAGCCCUCCCUACGACAACUUCCUGGCUUCCAAGCCGGCCAGCUCCAUCCUGAGGGAGGUGAGGGAGAAGAAGACGGUCCGGAGCAGCGAGAGCCAGACGGACGUGUCUGUCUCCAACCUCAACCUCGUGGACAAAGUCAGGAGGUUUGGUGUGGCCAAAGUGGUGAACUCAGGGCGGGCUCACGUCCCCACCUUGACUGAGGACCAGGGACCUCUCCUCUGUGGGCCCCCGGGCCCUGCACAGACCCUGGUCCCCGGAGGCCCCACUGUCACCAGUGCCAUCGGCGGGCUCCAGCUCAGCAGUGGCAUCCGACGGAAUCGCAGCUUCCCCACCAUGGUGGGGUCCAGCAUGCAGAUGAGAGCCCCCGUGACGCUCACCUCGGGCAUCCUGAUGGGUGCUCAGCUCCCCAAGCAGACUAGCUUACGGUGAGGCGGGGAGGAGGCCCUUCUCCUGCAGGAGGCCGACCUGGCUUCCUCCUCCCUCUCCCCCCUGCACUGUGCGCUCUCCCUUCUGUCCGUCCCCUCCUGACCCGUCAACCUCGUGCCUAAUGAGGGGAGAGUGGAGACUGUAAGAUGUGUACAUAGGACCUGGAGACCUGCGUCUGCCCUGUCCGUUCUGGACACCGCAGGAAGGGCCCCCGCACGGGCAUCGCUCUCCCGGGGGCCGGGCCGCCGGGUGGCCUUCCUCCUCCUCUCAUCUGAGAAGCACUGAAACCCCUAAGUGUGUUCUUAUCCUAUGGAUAGGAAACCAGGGAACACGAGGCACGAUGGCUCUGCUGCGCCGUGUCUGGGACGCCUCACCUGGCCUGCCCCGUGGGAGCGUGAGGGACCUCCGUCCGCGGCCACGCGCAGCUGCUGUAGCUUUCACGACGGGGCGGCUGUUCCUUCUUGGGUCCCCUCAGCUUCAAGACCAUCACUGCUCGGGCCCCAACAGACGGUCGCUUUUCCUUCAGAGGUGUGACUUUUUCUUCUGCCUCUCACCUGGAGUCAUCCUUCCGUGUUUUGUAAUCCGCUGUCAGGCCAGACGUCUGACCUGCAAGAAAGAGAAUGUAUUUAUACUCCUGCCGCACCGUUUGGUCGGCAGCCCUCGUGUGUCCUGUGUGAUUUGUUUUGUCUUUCCCUUUUUUUUUUUUUUAAUAUGCAGGGAAGUAAUGGUACUGGAUGGGAAGUCACAGUGGAUGCUCUCCCAUGGUCCUGUGACACUGAAAUACAAGUGUCAGAAGAACCAAGUCACUAGUGAGAUAGCAGCGUGUUUCUGAGACCCAGUGUCCCAGCCGAACCGAUGAAGAUCAGAGCCAGCAGGAGUUUAGCAAUAGGAUCCUAAGGAAAGGGGGUUGGGGGAGAGGUGGUGAAUGAAAUUUCUUAACAAAGAGCAGAACCACAGCCAAGGGUAGUACCGACCCGGUUCUCGGAGAAACGAGGCUUUGGCCGUCGGCUGCUUCUGGUCCUUACAAGCCUGGUGCAUGUGCGUUCCCGGCUGUGUCUUCUGCCGCAGCCAUUCGAUGUCCCCACGUUUGGCCCUCUUGGUUCAGGACAGAGAGAUCACAGCAAAGCUCUGGUGUCCUUGUGCCACUUCGUAUCUUUAGGAAAAGGGACAAGUGCAGUCAGAACAGUGAAUGAACAAGGGAGCUGACUGUUUUGAACCUUUAUUUAUUAUCUGUGUGUGCUGUAUUUUCAACAAACACCCUCUGUCCUCUUCAGCUCGGUCACAGUGUGUGUGUGGCUUUCCAAUCCAAGCAAGUUAUUUAUUCUAAUCUGAGGACUGCACUGCACAUCACGGUGCUCUGUGGCCACUUGUUCCAGACAUUUAUGCAAGGAUAACAUCGUAUGCAAAUAAAAUUACCAUUUUGCACUCCCCCCUCCUCUCCCCACCCCCUCAGAAAAAGAUGUGUUCUUCAGUUGAGUGAGUGUGACCUUAUGUCCACUAAAGAUACUUUGAGAAAGCCCCUAGGAGCAAGCUUUGGUCCCACAAUUUCAGACUAUUCUCUGAACACAAGAGUGUUGGCUAUAUUUUCCACUCUCCUCGCUGUGGUAGGUGAGCCCUCACUGCGAGGAAAAUCUAUCUUUUUAUUUGAAUGUAUUUUAAGGCAGUAGGUAGAAUAACAAAGGAAUAUGAAAACCAUGGACUGAAUGGACCACUUUAUUCAGAGACAGGAGCCACCCCCAUCACAAAGGAAAUACCAGUGUAAAAAUCAAUUCAGAGGUUGCAGUAUUUAGUAUAGCCAAUAAACGAUCAACAUUGUGCAACCACUACCAAAAAAAGUGUGUUGUAAUGCAUCUAAAACCAACAAAAUUUUAUUUGCUAAUGAGUACCAAUAAAAUAAGUUCAAAUGAUGGAAACCA